UCCGACCGUCGCCGGAUUGAGACGUACUGCCUUGUGCCCCGAGUCACGUCCGAUUACCGCGACCGCGCGCCCGUCCGCUCCCUCCCGUCAAUAGGUCCGCACCAAAAGUUUCGUAAAACUGAGUAUAGUUUAUCUGUCCAUAUGGUUCAUCUGGUAGAUAUAUUUCGCUCAGCGAGUGUUGACUACCCGCCGCCCAUUAUUAUGAACCGAGCUAUUCAGGUGAAACCGGCGGACAGCGAGAAUAGAGGAGGGGGUGCGGGCAGGCGGCGCGCGUAGACGGACUCAGAUCGGAAGCUGUUCGUUGGCAUGCUCAGCAAACAGCAGACAGAGGAGGAUGUGCGCCAGUUGUUCACGCCGUUUGGUACUAUAGAAGAGUGUUCUAUACUACGAGGACCAGACGGCGCGAGUAAAGGCUGCGCGUUUGUGAAGUACAGCUCGCAUCAAGAAGCGCAAGCAGCCAUCACCAGUCUGCACGGCAGUCAAACUAUGCCGGGAGCAUCUUCAAGUUUAGUAGUCAAGUUCGCCGACACCGAGAAGGAAAGGCAGCUGCGGCGAAUGCAGCAGAUGGCAGGCAAUAUGAGUCUGCUCAACCCUUUCGUGUUCAACCAGUUUGGCGCGUACGGCACCUACGCGCAGGUCAUCACAGAGCAGCAGCAACAAGCGGCGCUGAUGGUGGCGGCAACUGCGCAAGGCUACAUCAGUCCAAUGACGGCACUCGCCUCCCACGCGCUCAACGGCAUGGCCAACUCCGUCGUACCUCCCACUUCUGAAAACUUCUCUGGUCUGGCGAUAGGCACCGGUGGCGCGCAGCCAUUAAACGGCGCACUGCCUUCGUUGCCUUCGCCGACCAUGCCGGGGUUCAAUAUGGCGGCGCAAACCGCCAAUGGACAACCCCCGCCACAGGAAGCUGUGUACACCAAUGGCAUCCAUCAGACCUUCACUGGUCCAGUCCCAGUGACAGCGCAAGGCCUACCCAAUGGCGAGGCAGCAGCAUUGCAGCACGCAGCGGCCUUCCCCGGGAUGCAACCCUUCCCCGGAGUCGCUUACCCAGCGGUUUACGGCCAGUUUCCGCAGCCGAUCCCUCCGCCGAUGUCCACCAUUGCGCCCGCGCAGAGAGAUGAUUUUUUGAUGUUUCCAGGCUGCUCGAUUUCAGGCCCCGAGGGCUGCAACCUCUUCAUCUACCACCUCCCUCAGGAGUUCGGCGAUACGGAACUGAUGCAGAUGUUUCUGCCGUUUGGGAACGUCAUCAGUAGCAAAGUCUUCAUAGAUCGGGCCACUAAUCAGAGCAAGUGUUUCGGUUUCGUAUCAUUCGAUAAUCCGACGUCGGCUCAGGCGGCAAUCCAAGCGAUGAACGGCUUCCAGAUCGGCAUGAAACGGCUGAAGGUGCAGCUGAAACGGCCCAAGGACGCCAACCGGCCUUACUAACCCUAGACGCCGUCCCUGCGCGCUCACGACGUGCCCGAAUGGAGGCGGCCGGUAAUGAACCACUUGCCCGUGGCGCGCUUGUUCGCGUAUUAUCAACAAUUCUAAGGAAUUUAAUACACGUUUAUUGUAUAGUGAAUAUCAUACUUACCUAACUAAACAAUCACGCAAGCCCACUCGGCGAGUAUACUA